UGUUACCCGAGUGACAAGGUAAAACAGAUCAACCUCGAGUCUCGAUCCAUACAAAACUGUUCACUUUUCUUGUCUUCUCUCUGUGUCUCAACUCCUUUCCACUGGAAAUUCUAGGGUUUGGUUAGAGCCUAAAAACGUCAACUUAAAAUGUCUCAAAACGGCAAAUUGAUGCCUAAUCUUGACCAACAAAGCACUAAACUCCUCAAUUUAACUGUUCUUCAGCGAAUCGACCCUUUCAUUGAAGAAAUUCUCAUCACUGCUGCUCAUGUCACCUUCUACGAGUUCAACAUCGACCAAAGUCAAUGGAGUCGCAAGGAUGUUGAGGGAUCUCUGUUUGUUGUCAAAAGGAAUACGCAACCUCGGUUUCAGUUUGUUGUGAUGAAUCGACGCAAUACAGAUAAUUUGGUGGAAAAUCUCUUGGGAGAUUUUGAGUAUGAAGUCCAGGUCCCAUAUUUAUUGUAUCGAAAUGCAUCUCAAGAGGUAAAUGGUAUUUGGUUCUACAAUGCACGUGAAUGUGAAGAGGUUGCAAAUCUCUUUAACAGAAUUCUUAAUGCAUAUGUCAAGGUGCCUCAAAAGUCAAUGGUAUCAUCUACUAAAAGUGAGUUUGAGGAACUGGAAGCUGUUCCAACUAUGGCAGUAAUAGACGGUCCUCUGGAGCCAUCAUCAUCAACUGCAUCUAAUUCUGCCGAUGCCCCUGAAGAUCCUGCCUUUGUGAACUUCUUCAGUACAGCAAUGAAUAUUGGGAAUGCUUCAAAUGCAACAAUUGCUGCCCAACCUUACCAGAAUAUUGGGAAUGCUUCAAAUGCAACAAUUGCUGCCCAACCUUACCAGAAUAUUGGGAAUGCUUCAAAUGCAACACUUGCUGCCCAACCUUACCAAUCUUCUACAAUCAUACCUCCACCUUCCAAUCCAGCCACUGUUGCCUCUCCUGUUGUGCCGACCUUGCAAAUACCAUCGCCUUCUCUGUCAGCAUCUGUGCCCUUAAUUCCACUGCUUGACCCUGAAUCCAGCAGCAGCAGCAACCGAACCGCUAAUCUUGUGAAGCCCUCAUCAUUCUUUGUUCCUCCUACUCCUGCCAGGAUGAUCCCCCCUGUCUCUUCAUCUAUACCCACAGCACCUCUGAAUCCUCCCUCGAGUCUGCAACGCCCAUAUGGGGCCCCAUUGCUACAACCUUUUCCACCACCAACUCCUCCACCACCAUCUCUUACUCCAAUUCUUACUCCAAACUAUGGGGCAGUCAUCAGCAAAGACAAAGUCCGAGAUGCACUUCUAGCUCUUGUUCAGGACAAUCAAUUCAUCGACAUGUUCUAUCGAGCUCUGAUGAAUGCACAUCAUUCUUGACCAGUUGAAAGCAGUAUUACAGUGUAGUAGCUGGAAUUUUUGUUCUUUGUGUAACUCUCUGACUACAAAUGUGUAAGACCCAAUUUGUAAAGCAUUUUGCACUCUCUGUGGUUUUGAUGGAUAAAUUUCUCAGUAAACAUGUGAAAUAUAGUUUCUUAUUAUAAUAUAUUUGGGUUGAUGGUAAA